AUGGCGAACCAAUCUACUCUCCGUCCGGAGCUCUCGUCUCUACUACAGCAGUACUUGAAGCUCUUGCGAAUCGCGCCCAAGUAUUCGCGAGUGCUUACCGCAGCCGUAUUCUGUACCGUCUUAGGAGGAUUCUACGAGAAACGGCGACGAGCGCAGAAAUCGGCCGAUGAGAGGCAAGGACAAACCCUUGUGCGCAGGAACUCGGCCGUAAAGCUCACGGACGGAACACGAGUGAUCUAUGUCCCAUACAAGCAAAAAACAGCCAAGGUCACCCUCAAGCCUACCAAAGGAACCACGUUCGAUGCGCACAGACGAUUAUUCCUCGAGCCGCCGGGCGGCCAGAAUUUCAAGCGUGCUGGCGCCGGAGGAGAAGCACCACCGAUGAACACUAAGCCUGGGCUUAAUCUGGCAUUUUUACAUCAACUGCUGAGUCUACUCAGUAUCAUGAUCCCGAGGCUGACGAGUAAGGAGAGUUUUUUGCUACUACUACACACCAUAUUUCUGGUCACAAGAACGUAUCUGUCAUUGGUGGUUGCGCGGCUGGAUGGUGAAAUCGUUCGCGAUCUUGUCGCAGGAAACGGAAAAUCCUUCUCAUGGGGUAUCGUUAAGUGGCUGGGUGUUGGUGGACCGGCAGUAUACUGUAACGCCAUGAUCAAAUACCUUCAAGCGAAGAUCUCGAUUGCCUUCCGCACACGAUUAACUAGGUAUAUCCACGAUCUCUACCUGAAUGAUAGCCUGGGGUACUACAAGGUUCAAAACCUCGAUGGUGGCCUUGUUGGCGGUGGCGCAGAUCAAUUCAUAACCUCCGACCUCCCUUUGUUCUGCGACAAUGCUGCGGCGUUAUACUCUUCGCUCGGAAAGCCGUUCUUAGAUCUUUGCGUGUUCAACUACCAGCUCUACCGUGCGCUUGGCCCGUUGGCCUUUGCCGGCAUCAUGGUAAACUACAUUGGUAGUGCGUGGAUGCUCCGGAAACUCAGUCCGCCAUUUGGAAAGCUCGCCGCUACUCAGGGACGACGUGAGGGCGAGCUACGAGGGCUGCAUUCGCGUAUCAUCGCCAAUGCUGAGGAAAUUGCAUUUUAUGGAGGCUCGGAUAUGGAGCGGGGAUUCCUUGAUAAGGGGUUUAAGGAGCUCAAACAGCUCAUGGAGCGGAUUUACGGGAUGAAAAUCCGCUAUAAUAUGCUCGAGGACUUUGUUCUCAAGUACUCCUGGUCGGCGUUUGGAUAUCUGAUCACCUCACUCCCGAUAUUUCUCCCUGCGUGGGGUGGUCUCGGAGGUCUUCUCGAGCUCGGUGCUCCUUCUUCUGGCAGCGGUGGCCGCGAGGAAGAUCGGAUGAAGGCAUUCAUCACCAAUAAGAGACUCAUGCUUUCUCUCGCAGACGCGGGAGGACGGAUGAUGUACUCGAUCAAAGAUCUGUCAGAACUGGCCGGCUACACUAGCCGAGUGUACUCCCUCAUUUCGACCCUGCACCGCGUCCACUCCCACUCCUACUCCUCCACCCGCCCAGAACUCUAUUCCCUAACAGAUAUCCAAGGCACUCUCCACACGGGCUUCACAGGUAUCCGUCUUGAGGGAGUCCCUAUCGUGGCUCCAGUGGUCUGGCCCCGCGGUGGUGACGAGAUUGUCGAAGAAGUGGAUAUCCUCAUCCGUCCUGGUGACCAUCUCCUCAUCUCCGGCCCCAAUGGAGCCGGAAAAUCCUCCAUCGCGCGCCUUAUCGCCGGUCUCUGGCCGGUCUACCGCGGCCUUGUCUCCCGCCCCCGCAAUAUCUCCAACGCUGGUUUGAAAGGCGAGCCAGUGACACCAGACAUGGGUGGUGUGAUGUUUCUCCCACAGAAACCUUACCUCGCGCAGGGCACCCUCCGCGACCAAGUGAUCUACCCCCACACAGAGGCGGACAUGCGUGCCGCCGGCGUGUCAGACCACGAUCUCGUCGCGGUUCUGGAAGCGGUACGCCUGUCCUACCUCCCCAGCCGUGAAGGCGGGUGGGAUACCAAGAAGGAAUGGAAAGACGUCCUUUCCGGUGGCGAGAAGCAGCGUAUCUCCCUCGCUAGGAUCGUCUACCAUCUCCCCGCAUUCGCGGUUCUUGACGAACCCACCAGCGCCGUCUCCUCCGAUGUAGAGGGCCUCCUCUAUGAAGUCUGCAAAGCGAAGGGAAUCACCCUCGUCACGCUCUCCACUCGCGCAAGCCUAAAGAAAUAUCACGUCUUCCAGCUCAGCCUCGACGGCGACGGCGGUUGGGCAAUGGAGCGUAUCGGUGGCGCCGAGGAACGGGGGGAGGUCGAGCGCGAGCUCGAAAUCCUCCGGGAGCGUAUCCGCGGCACAGAGGAGAUGCGGGAGCGCCUGGAACAUGUUAAAGAGGAGCUGGGGAGGGUGUGGGUGCAGGGCGGAGAGUUGCCUGCGCAGCAGCAGCAGCAUGAGUCGGAGGAGGAUAGUGAUGUCAGUGAGGAGCUUGUCGUUGAGGAUCUUAGUGUGGAUCUGGAACGAAGUGAGAUCGCGGAGAGCUUUGCGAGUUUUCGGGAGCAUGAGGUGGAGAGUCAUACAGCUACCAGUGAGAGUUAUGCGGAGAUCCCGCCGGAGAUGCCAGUGACAGAGGUCAGGGAGGGGGAGAGUUUUGCUGAUGCUGUCAAGAUGGAGACGAGUGACAGUACUACCGGAAGCAGUAGCGCUGAUGAGACGCCGGCAAAAAUGGAAGAGUCCGCUGCUGGCAGCAUCAUGGAUGAGAGCUACGUCGAGGAGACGCCGGUAAAGAUGGACGAGUCAACCGCUGGCAGCAUCAUGGGCGAGAGCUACGUUGAUGCGGUAAAGAUGGAGCCGAGCGCUAGCAGCGAUGGCUCUGAGGGGAGUCACGAGGUGACAAAGGUGCAAGGGUCUAUUGGUAGCAUAAUGGGCGAGAGUUUUGCUGAAGUCCCUGAUUCCACGGAGCUGAAGGAGGGAGAGAGCUAUGCGGACGCUGUUAAGACUGCCGGGCCUGCUACCAGUGAAUAG